AUGGAAUUAUUAACAUUAGAAUCAUUUAUUCAACAUUUAGAAUCAUUUGCUAAUAAAGAAUUAUUAACAACAACAGAAUCAAUUAAAUUACAAUUAAUAAUUACUGAAUUAUUAGUUGAUUAUUAUGUUGAUUUCAAAUUAUUACGAUUCUUAAGUAGAUUCUUAACUCAACAAACUUAUGAUGAAAUCAUAGAAGAAAGAAACAUAGAACAUCAAUGUGGUUAUAUUCUUUGUUCUAAUACCCCAAAACAAAUGGUUAGAAGAUUAUCCAUGAAUAGUAACGGUAUAACUAGUGCAAGUAUACAAGAUCCAGGUGCAUCUACUCAUUAUCAAAUAUCAAAUAGGAAACCUACUAUGAUAUUACCAAACACUUAUCUAUCUCAAUAUUGUUGUAAAGAACAUUAUCAAGCCCUGAUUUUUUAUAGAAAUCAACUUUCAAAUGAAGCUAUCUUUGCUAGAAAUAAUAUUAUGAUUAUUGAACCCUUUCCCUUGCAUUUACCUACUUGGUAUGAAAAUUCAAUUACUUGUUUAGAAGAAGUCAUUGCCAAGCAUAAAGAAUUAAAACAACAUGGAAAAUCCUUAUCUGAAGUCAUUGCUAUGAUGAGUGGGUUAUCGGUAGCUGAUCAUGAAACAAAUCAAGAAACAAAUGAUCUAGCUAAAUUGAUUGAAGAUUUUGAAAUCGUAGAAAAGGAAUCUAAUCUAGUUGGAGAUGCUCCUCGAGAUCCAUACUCUGCUGUUGGUGGUGUUCGUGGAGGAGGUGGUGUUGUUGUUCCUGAAGAAGAUGAUGAAGAGGAUGAAACUGGGAUGGCAAAUACAAUUGAGGGAUAUGUUACGAAUCAUAAAAGUUUUGGAGGUUAUGUAGUGUAA